AGAAGAAAAAGACCCUCAGAAACAAGUAUACUCGAUAAGCCUUAUCUAUAUUUAUGGAUCCGAAUCCAAAUAUUGGUUGCUUUGCUUCUUGAUUGAGCGCUGCUUGUCUUGUGUGCACCGGUGAUUUGCUUUUGUGUCGCUCUGUUUUGUUAUGUAUCUGUGUGAAUUUUGUGGGAGGGGUUUGAGCAUCUUUGACCGUCGAUUUGCCCUAAUUUGACGAGGGUGUUGUAUCAGCACUGAGAAAGGAGUUUUGGAGGAUUUACUGAACAGGGACGUAACGGUUCGAUUCAGUUUGGGGCGGGGUGAAAGGAAGGAGUUGUUUAUCCAAUUUUACUCAGAUAAAUUUGUCAUACUGGAUGUCAUGAUCUGGAAAAUUUCCGGUGGAUUAGUAUCAUUAAGCGGUGUAGGAAUUGUGUGCCUGAAGAACGAAGCUACUAAUACUAUUGCACCUGUUGUGUUUUUUGGCAAACGUUUAUCAGAGGUUUAGUCAGCCAGAGGAAUAUUGAGUUUCUUGCGCAUCAUCUUCAAAGAAAGUUUGUGGAUCUGAUUGGCAGGGAGUCUUUCAAUGAAUAUUGAUGACAACGAAGAAAAAGGGACACAAGAUGAGGACAAGAGCACUGAAGAUGGAAUUUUGGUUCGGAAACAUGGUUCGAUUCAAGUCAGUGACCUGAAUGUAGAUGCAGCUGAGCAAGUUAAAACUAACGGUGCAGCUAGUGGGUUGCAAGUGCAACAACAGCAGCAGCAGUUUCAGGGGGCAGGAGUUUGCUGGGAAAGGUUUCUUCAUGUUAGAACCAUUCGGGUCUUGCUGGUGGAGAAUGACGAUUCUACACGUCAUGUUGUAACUGCUCUGCUCAAAAACUGCAAUUACGAAGUACUUGACGCAGCAAAUGGACUUCAAGCAUGCCAGAUUCUGGAUGAUUUAACUAACCAUAUCGACAUUGUCUUAACUGAGGUAGUGAUGCCAUGUCUAUCCGGAAUAGGCCUUCUGUGCAAGAUUAUGAACCACAAAACUCGCAAGAAUAUUCCGGUCAUUAUGAUGUCAUCUCAUGAUUCCAUGGGCUUAGUAUUUAAGUGUCUCUCCAAAGGAGCAGUUGACUUCUUGGUUAAACCUAUCAGGAAGAAUGAGCUUAAGAACCUUUGGCAGCAUGUGUGGAGGAGAUGCCAUAGCUCUAGUGGAAGUGGGAGUGAAAGUGGUACACAAACUCAAAAGUCUGUGAAAUUAAAAGGUAGUGAGAAGUCAGGAAACAGUGCUAGUGGUGACGGGGAAAACAAUGCGAGCAAUGGCUUAAAUGUUGGAGAUGGGAGUGAUGAAGGGAGUGGCGCACAGAGCUCUUGGACAAAACAAGCUGUAGAAGUUGACAGCUCCGAAGCUUUAUCUCCAAUGGACCAAGUUGCUGAGUGCCCAGACAGCACGUGUGCCCAAGUAAUCCGCUCAAACGCUGAGCACUCUCCUAACAAAAAAGUGCAAAUUAGUGCAGCAUGGGAGGGCCAAGGACAAAAACAGAUCGAUGAUGCUGGGAAGAGCAGUGACUUGGAGACAGUUUUGAAUAUAUAUGCAGAAACUAAAUAUGACAAUCGUGCAGAGGUACAGCCCAAAGCUGUUGGUAGAGAAUCUACUUCCAGAUACAAAUUAGAUAUCGACAAUAUUGCAACCAGUGAUCGUAAAGAGCCAAAUAUCGAGCUUAGCCUAAAGAGAGCUAGAGGGGUUCAGGAUACAGGGAGAUGUGCUCAAGAAGAUCGCUACGUCUUGCGCCAUUCUGUGCAGUCAGCCUUCUCAAGGUAUAACACACCUACAAAUGUUUUCAAAGCUCCUAAUGGAAUCACCGGUAGCAGUUCAGUACUUGACAAUAGUACUGAAGUUGCCAAAAGAGAGUCUGUUGGUGAUUUACAAGUAUAUUCAUCCGAUCAAGUUGUGUAUCAAAGUUCAAACGGUGUUAGCAAUAACAUCGAUAUGGGCUCUACCACAGAUAAACUCCCUAAAGAUAAAUCUGAAGCAACCUCUGCAAUUAAUGGGUUACGCGCUUCUGCUUUCAGAGUUGUGAAAAAUGACCUAAGACACAAUCAACAGCAGAGCGGCCUCAUGCCCAAUGGAAUACAAUCUACAGACCUUUGCAUAGGUUCAUACCAGGAGCUCAAAACUCAGCACCCUCACCACCAAAAUUAUCACCACCACCACCACCAUCCCUUUCACAUGGAAAAUCAACCCUCGUCCAACCAUGAUGAAUCAUCCUUGAAGAAGUUGGCUGCAGAAGCUCCACACUCUGGGUCAACAAAUGUUUUAGGUGGGCCAGUGGAAGGUACACUGAGGAACUCUAGUCUAAAUAGAAGUGCCUCUGGAAGUAAUCAUGGAAGCAAUGGGCAGAAUGGAAGCAGCACUGCCGUGAAUGCUACUGGAAAUAAUGCAGAGAGUGAUGUUGGUCAAGCUGGGAAAAAUGCCAGUGGAGAUGGCAGCGGCAGCGGCUGUGGCAGUGGCAGUGGGAACGAAAAAAAAUUUGCUCAGAGGGCAGCUGCCCUUAUCAAGUUCCGCCAAAAGAGAAAAGACAGAUGUUUCAAGAAAAAGGUACGGUAUCAGAACAGAAAGAAGUUGGCUGAACAGAGGCCUCGUGUUCGUGGACAAUUUGUAAAGCAGUCAGGCCCUGAAAGCUCAAGUAGAACUGGAGAUGAAUGAUUCCCCACCACUGUACUUGUUGAUGUACUAAUCUUUUUCUUCACAAAUAGGAACUGUUAAUGCAGGAAUGUUGUCCAAAUUUACGAUUAUUUGAUGAAUGGCAUUGCUUGUUUUGUUUGUGUGCAAA